UUCAUUUCUUUGUGGGUGACUCCAUGUUUUAUUCAACAGAAAUAUUAACAAAGAAAGGUCCUUUAGGGAGAGUAUGGCUUGCAGCAACUAUUGGGAAAGAAAGAAUACAGAAAAAGUUUGCAUUGGACGUCAGUAUCUCUUCAUUAUGUGCUGAGGUGUUGCGUCCAACAAACCCUUAUGCACUAAGACUAUCUGCUCAGCUAAUGAUUGGUAUAUGUCGAAUAUUCGAGAAGAAAUGCAGCAUCGUUUUCAUUUCUGCAAACGACACCAUAUACCAAUUAUCAAGACUUGAUAGUGGUGCACGAAAAACAACUGAUAUCUUCUCGGUUUCAUCCAGUGGUCAAAUCAACCUGACCAAAGGAACUGCAAACCUGGAAAACAUAACCUUGACUACUAGAACAGUGCCAUAUCCACCUGAAAUAGGGAGGUUGCUUCAAUCUGUGGAAAAUAACAUUCAAUUUUUAGGGCAUGAAAAACUCCUACAAAACUUGUUGAUAGAUACAAGACCAGAUGCAAUUCUUUUCGAAGAAGAACUCCUCAACAUGACACUGGGUUCCAGUUUAGAAUCACAGAAAAUGACAGAAUUCAAGGAAAGGAGACACAGCACUCCAGAUACAGACGAACCUACAAGGUUUCCCCAUCCUUUCGCAAUGGAUACAGAGCCCUAUGAUAUACAACGACUGAGAUCAUUCUCUUUUCUUCAAGCCAAUCCAAAUGACAUUACUUUAAAAACGGAUGAUUUUGACAGCUCAUUGGAUCAUUCGGAAGCCUCUCAUCUUUCCAUGAGCUGCCUUCUAGAUGACGACUUGCAUCAACGUCUCGAUAUGUCUAUAUGGUCUCCACCAUCCGAAGGAAGAAUACCAGAGCCUACAUCAGGCCGUUACUCUUAUAUUUCUUUGCAUGAUACCGACAGAAUGCAACUUCAUGUUAAAGGAAACUUACAAGUUGAGACUAGUAAUCAGAAAAAUGCAGAUGACGAAGCAAAACCUCCAAUUACUAUGGAAAGAGAGCGUCUCAAAAAACAAUCUCCAUUUCGACAAGACAGCAAAACCGAGUUGACGACAAGAUAUCUCAAGGCAUGUCUAAAUAAUACUAAAGAUACAGUAGUGCCAUCGCAUCAGGAAAGGAAACACGUUUUUCAAGGCUUGUUGGAAGAAACCACAAUCUUGCCGUUGUUUCUAGACGUUUGCGAUGUGACGCUUCUAAGACAACCUCCGAACAUCCAACUUUUUCAUUUUGAAACACAUCCAAAAAGUCAUUCUUUCAUUGAAAAAAGGAAACGUGAUUCUGAAGCGUUCCUCGAAACUUCCAUGGUGCCAGGAUAUCUUCGGAUGUCGACUGAAGAACCUGAAAUACUCAGACUAGAUGGAUCAUCCACAACAAAAAGAAAGAAAGUAUCUGUUUCUACAGCUGGAACCUUUCAUACAGAAACUCGAUCUUAUCAUUCAACGCUAUCUAUAGAAGAACUUAUUCCAGAGACAUACUUGCCAGUCGAAGAGGAAUAUUCAGGAUUGCAGAGAACUAGCCUCGAAGAAUUGGGAUCCCUAACUAGCCUGCCACUUAUUACGGAAAAACAAGCAGUUCAACAAGAGGCCUUGAGUGAUUCUCUCACCUUAGCAGCUUUGAAUAUCUUACAAAGGGAGUAUUUUUCACAAGCAGAUGCUGUUUCAUUCCAACAGGUCGCUAAGGGACUAGAAAGAGAGUAUAGUUGGGAAGUGAUGGAGGAAGAUAUCGAUAGGCUUGUGCUGAGCCUACUCGAUUCAAUAGACUCAUAUGCAGCAGUGCAAGAAGUGAUUGCAAAGCGGUUAGCGGAUAUAUUGUAUUUGCUAGCGCGAGAGAAAUUCCACGUUCGAGGCAAUUCGGAAAGACUUGAUGUGCUUUUGUUUGACUGUCGACCUCAUACAGCGACGUUGAAGUGUAUUCAGAGUGAGACUAGUUUGACUGUAUCGAAUUCCAGAGAAAGCUGUUCGUUUUCAAAGGAGUUGUCAACUUUGAAUCACCAAAAAUGGUCUAUAUUUACUGACGUCAAAGAGACGAACGAAAAUGACUCGGAAGAUUUUCAUCUAUCGACUACGUUGAAGGAAGCGAAAAGAUUGUCGCAAAACUUGACUAGUUUAACUUUGGAGGCUGUUAAUAUUCAGAUAGAAAUGAACCACCUGCUUGAAAAGUUGUUCGAGGAUUCUCCUUUAAGUGAACGGAAAGUACAAAGUGACAUACGAUAUCAUACUAGCCAAGAUAGGCUUGAUGAGGAUGAGAAACUGUAAACUAUCGCAGGAGUUGCUCUACAAC